UAUAAAAGCUUGUAAUUACUUUUCUUGGGUAAUUGCACAAUUUUCUUUGGAAAAGUUUUUUUUUAGCAUAUCAUGAUUAAAGAGGGGAAGGAAUAGUUUGGGAAGGGUGGAAAACCUUGUAUGAACAGUUCCUUCUUGCAUUUUUAUUUAUUGACGGGCAAGAUAAUACAGUACAGUAUUGGUAUUCUACAGAGCCAUGUAGGUCAAGGUUAAAAAUUAUGUUCCAAAUACAAUACUACAGGAGUUGGGUUCAUCUGGAGCUUCAGCUCAAACUAGGGAAGGGUUCAUCUGGAGCUUCAGCUCAAACUAGGAAAAUCUCGGUGAAUGAUUUUUUUUAGGUAGAAAACAAAUUGUAGGAAUAUCAAUACCUGGGUAGACUGAAAAUACAAAUGCAGUUCUCCUUGGAAAGCAGCAGCAGCAGCAAGAAGGCCACCAGUCAUGAUGGUGAUAACAACAUCAUCGAACUGAACCUGAUGGAUUCAAAUGAGUUAGAAGAAGAGGAAGAAGAAGUAGUGGAGAAUUGUGUAGAUGGGGUGCAACUGCAGUCUAGGCUGUGUGCCAGAGGCCACUGGAGGCCUGCAGAAGAUGCCAAGCUUAAGGAAUUGGUGACACAGCAUGGCCCCCAGAACUGGAACAUCAUUGCAGAAAAACUUCAAGGGAGAUCAGGAAAGAGCUGCAGGCUUAGGUGGUUUAAUCAGCUGGACCCAAGAAUAAACAGAAGGCCCUUUAGUGAAGAAGAGGAGGACAAAUUGCUUGCAGCCCAUCGAUUUUAUGGUAAUAAAUGGGCUUUGAUUGCUCACCUAUUUCCUGGAAGAACUGAUAACUCUGUUAAGAAUCACUGGCAUGUUAUUAUGGCCAGGAAGUAUAGAGAGCAGUCUAAUGCUUAUGGGAAAAGGAAGCCCGGCCAAGUGCAGAGAUCAAGACAGAGAACUAACUGUUUUUCUGAGGAUAUUCUUGGUUUCAGUAAUAAUAACAAGGAGAGGUAUCAUGUGGGUGUAGCUUCUAGGGUUGAUAAUGAUGAUGAAAGGUGUAAGAGUUAUUCAACUUACCAGCAGAAAAUUAGUGCCACCAUGUAUGAUGCAGUUCAACCAAGGAGUUUCUUUGAGGGUGGCAACAAGAUGGUAGGCUGCAAUUUGGAUAAUUAUCAUGCCUUGGCCUCACAGAUGGAAGCAGGAGAAUCAUCUUCUCUUAGCCAGGUGACCACAGAUUCUUGUGCUCCAGUAAGCUUCUUGCAGCAUAGUGCCAAGAGACCAUUCUCAUGUGUGGAUAGUGCCCAGUUUAGCAUACUUGAUAACAAUAACAAUAGUCAGAAGCACCAGGAUUUGCAGUAUGGUUGCUCAGAUUCUAGCAAUUCUGAGCUAACUGCUGCGGAGGCACCUAAUGUUGAUAACUCAUCAACUACCAUAGGGAGUAACUACAAGUUCAUGGCACCUAGAUCUUUGGUUUCUGAAGAGGAAGAAGAGGAGGAGAAUGAGUUCAGAAAUGCCAAUGCUGGUUUCAUUGAUUUUCUGGGACUGGGAACUACAUGAGAUCAUAUCAUAUUAGGCUCAUUAACUUACUUUUUAAUGUUAAGGAUUGUUGCAUGGGCCCAUUUAUUUAUUUUAAUUCUCUGUGAGGACUGCAGCUGCAUUUGAUUUAUGUCCAGUGCCAUUGCCAUUGCAGAAGGAUAAUUUGAAGUGAUGUGCAGAACACAUAACUGAGAAAAAUUAAUAAUUAUUCCUCCUGCAUCAAAGCAGCUGCAAGAAGCACAUCAUCAUUAUCUCCAGAGUUUUUCCAUCAGCUAGUGAUAUGAGAAGACUCCAUUACAGCUGUAUAUUGUUGUUAAUAAUAAUGGAAAGAUGCAGUUAUGGAAACACCAAACACAAUUUCAUCAGG